AUGCGUUACUCUACUGUCCUGUCUCUCCUCGCUCUGAACAGCGUUUCGGCCUUCAAGACCGAUGUCGACCACAACAACGAGAUGACCGAGACGGUGCGCGCCGACUCUGGCUACAGCAUCGACGAGUUCAACGACCUGGUCGACUCGGUGCUCGACGCGUGCGACAGCAACGGCUGCGACUCGGGCACGGAAAAGUGCAACAUUGCCCACUGCAUCUCGAUUGACGGCGACAACCUCGACGACAACCACGACAACAUCCUCGAGAUUGUCGGCGAGUACAUCAAGAACUCGAUGAAGACCGAGGACACGACCAUUUCCGACUGCACCAGCUCGGGCUGCGGGUUCCUCGAUGCCACAAACUACACCAUCCCCGGCUACAUCUCGCUCAGACGCAACUACGACAAUGACGACCCCAACACUCUGUACAAGAUCUCCAUCAGCACGUCCGAGUCCAAGGAUGCUUGUGGUGCCGUCUUUGAUGCGCUGUCGGCUGCUGGAGGAUCACUCGGGGCCGCGGACCUCUUUGGUGCUAUCAAGGUUGCCGUUUGCACCGAGUAG